CGCAUCCUGUUUAUGCUCCGACCUACUGUAAAAGUGGUUCCUUAGUUUUUGUUCGAGUAUGUACGGGAGCUCUAAAGUGAAAUGCCACCGCCUUCGCUGUAAAUGCUGAUGGGCAUUUGUAAAUUAAAGGCAUCUGACUCAAUACUGUUAACGGUUAAUUAUUUUGGACUUCACUUUAAACGAUCGGGAUGAUGCGACGGGAACAGGAACUUUCCUAGCAGCCUCAGUUCCUGCCCUCACCAACCAGCCAUGUCGUGCCGGGACAUCCACGCCACCAACGCUUUUGCCUUCUUUAUUGCCUUUGUGUCUGUCGGUGGGAUCGCCGUAGCAGCACUAGUCCCACAGUGGCGUGUAACGAGACUCGUCACCUUCAAUCGCAAUGCCAAGAAUAUCAGUGUGUAUGAUGGUUUAUGGUCUAAAUGUGUGAAACAGGAUGGAUAUUCAGGAUGCUACUUUUAUGAUUCUGAGUGGUACUCUAAAGUGGACCAGCUGGACCUGCGGCUCCUGCAGUUCUGCCUUCCUGCAGGCCUCCUGCUCAGCUCUUUGGCCUUAUUGCUGUGCAUGGCUGGGAUGUGUAAAACCUGCUGCUGCUCAGAUAAGCCUGAACCAGACAUUAAAACAGUCCGAUUUUUGGUUAACAGUGCAGGCUGUCACCUGAUUGCUGGGAUGUUCCUCUUCCUGGGCGGAGCAAUUGCCAUUGCACCCUCAGUCUGGUUCCUUUUCCGUACCAAGGAGAUGAACACCAGAUAUGAAAAUAUUUUCUCUGAUGGUUUUGCUGUGUAUAUAUCCAUUGGAUGCUCUGGAGGACUGAUGCUGGCCGCCCUGCUGAUGUUCAUGUGGUACUGUAUGUGUAAGCGGUUGCCUUCACCUUUCUGGUUGCCCCUACCCUCAAUGUCUAACUCCCAGUCCACCCAGCCUCUCACUGCCAAUGGAUACCCUCCCUCCCCAGUUUAUGGUCCGCAGCCAUUCCCACCACAAACAUAUCCUCCUACGGUGAUCGAUGCCCAGCCUUAUGUACCUUCGCAGGGCUACACACAGAGUUUGGUUGCCCCUGUUGCACCUCAGGUGUAUAUGACUCAAGUUUCUGCUCCAGAUGGGUAUGCAUCAGAGGUUGGCGGCACCCAGGCCUACAGCUAUGCACCCUCACAGAGCUAUGCUCCCUCACAGAGCUAUGCUCCCUCACAGAGCUAUGCUCCCUCACAAAGUUAUGCUCCCUCACAAAGUUAUGCUCCUUCUCAGGGAUAUGCAUCCAGCUAUGCAGGCCACCGCUACUCCACCCGCUCACGGAUGUCAGCCAUAGAGAUUGACAUUCCUGUAGUAACCCAACCACAAUGAGAGAGGAGAGGCUCUUAACCUCAGCACACUGAAGGCCUGUGAUACUCUAUAAGGUAAACUACAGAAAACUAAUAGAGCAAGAUAGAUCAAAGGUAACAAAUAAUAUGAGAGCUAUUUACCCUCUCCAGGGUGGAAGCUUUAAAAAAAAUUCUGUCAGGCAGUUAAGUGCUGAUAGUAGAAGAUGAGAUCCAGUUAAAACACCCCUGGAGAACUAAGUGAAGGAUAAGAUGGUAUUUAAAAUAAAGACUACUAAUUUACUGUGUUCAGAUUAACAUUGUGUAAAGGGAAGAAACAAAGAAAAAAAACUACCAUGUUUCACUAUUUUACCAGCAGAUUAGGACCACUAAAUAAGAGUUUGUUACUUGCUGAAAGGCCAUGAUGGCCAUCUUACCAGCUACAAGCAGUUACUAACAUUUUUAUUUUAAUUUUCUUUGAGGUAUUUUGAAUCCUCACUCUUGACUUUAGAUUAAAAAUAUUUAGUUUUCUGUUACAUUCACUGUUUGACACACUACCUUCAUAAUGACGUGAUCAUAUGGAGAUAAGCCGCUAUCACUACUAAAAAACUAGCUCUGACUAACAUUAACUUUAUAUUCUGUGGUCCUUGCUGGACAUCUGCUGACUAUUUUGUACUUUUUCUGUAUGUUUAAUGUAAUUCAUUAAUGUCACUGUGAUCUGUGAAGAGCAGCUGUUUUUAUGCACUAAUAUUGCAAACACUGCCAAUUACUCUGCUUUUAAUCUUUUAUUCAAUGAUUUUGGUAACUUUAGAGUUACCAAAUGUACCGCAUGUAGAGAUGCAGUUAUGAUCACUCUGUGGGAAUUCACUGAAAUGAUCAAAUGUAGUGUCAAAAACACAGGGAUGUGGGUUAUAAUGGGGCAUUUUAUCCCCACUCCACACAGUAUACCAGCCAAAUUUAAGUUUGUUGCCUUUUGUGUUUUUGCAUAUUGAACACUGGUAAACGCCAUAAUCCAUUACACUUUUAAUUAUUGUUGAAGUCAGUGAAAUGGUUAAAAUGUUUUUCUAUCCUGUCAUCUUUUUGUUUUAAAUAAAACAUAAAUAAC